GUUGAGAAGAGGUCACUCAUCUGAUUGGGCGCCUUUGUUCUUUCAAAUCGAGGUGGCCUUCUCCCUUUAUUGCCACUAACAGGCCCCCAGAGUGGGAGAAGACAUGUUUUACAGUAGUGCUGCACUCCUGCAUGGACUUUCGCAUUGCUGGGAUUCUAAGAUAGUGCAGUGAUAAUGUAAGGGAAGAUUGCCUGUCAUAGAACUGAUAAAGCAAACAGAAUGAGAGAAGAAGUGAGCUGCAUGCUGGUUGGUGAUGGAGCAGUGGGAAAAACCAGCAUGGUUAUCAGUUACAUCUUCAAUGGAUACAACACUGAGUACAGGCAAACUGCAUUUGAUGUUUUCACAGGAUUGGUUCAUGUGAAUGGAAUCCCAACCCGCAUUAAGCUGAUAGAUACUGCUGGACAGGAGAUGUUUGGCCAUCUGCGCUCUCUGUGCUAUGCCCAUGUGGACGUCUUCAUCCUCUGCUUCAGCCUCGUCAACCCCGUCUCAUUUGACAAUAUCACCUCCAAAUGGAUCCCACAGAUUCGAGCCGCCAACCCAAUCUCCCCCAUCGUUCUGGUUGGAACUCAGUCAGACCUUCGCCACAGUGUGGACGUCCUUAUUCAUCUGAACCAGCAGGGCACCAGACCGGUGCUCUUUAACAAGGCCAGACGGCUCGCAAGCAGGAUCAGAGCUCACGACUACGUGGAGUGCUCGGCUCUCACACAGCACAACCUUAAAGACGCGUUUGACUGUGCUGUAUUUGCUGCCAUUAAGCACAAGCACGCUGGCACUAAAUACAAAAAGCUCAGUUUGCUUAACAGUUUAAAGUCUCUUUAUGAUGGUGGAUGGAGGAAAAUCUUUAGAUUCAUGUGAUCUGAAAUCCAAAGUGCAGAGCGGGUAUCCUCACUCGACUGUAACAAAUCAUGAUUUUUGUUUUUUUUAACCAAAGUAUCUUUCUACAAAUUGUGGGCUGUGGAUUUAAAGAACUGAUCUCAAAAUCCCCAUCCUUGUGUGAAAUGUGACAAUCCGCAAUACGGUGACUUCA